AUGCUGAUCCUCCCUCACGUGUCUUCUUCUGGUCAGGUGAGCGCCAAGACUGCGUUUUUAUCGCCUCACUUUGAAGAGGGCAGGGUACGGAUGCUCGGUAUACCAACAAGGGAAGACGAACUGGACAUUGUCAUCUGGGAAGAGCAUUGGAAUCCAUACGACACGCUGCUCAAAUCACGUCUCUUCGACGGCCGACAUGGAAAGCUCAUGGUUGACGAGGAAAUUCGUGACUUCAUCGUCAGAGGACUGGAUGCUGCGGGUUUCCAGACUGUCGGCCUCUCUCAGGAAGUUGAACUUGUGAAGCAGCAGAAAAGCCCUGCGGAAGUCGAAUUGCUUCGCGUUGUCAAUACUGGGACUGUUGUCGCUGUUCGAGCGAUGCGACCCUGUUUAACGUCGGGGCUUACCGAAGAUGAAGUCACCGAGAUUCUCAACUCUGCUCUCCUCUCCAUCAACUUUGGGCUAUUCUUCAAUAUUGUGUUAUUCGAGGAGCACGGAGCGCUUCCUCACGGUGGUUUUGUCACUGGUUUCAAAAAGUUAACCCCUGAGAGCAUGGUUGUCAUCGAUGUUGGUGCCCAUUAUUUGGGCUACAGUUCGGAUAUCUGUCGCAGCUUCUUCAUUGAUCCACCAAAGCCAAAGGUUCCUACUAUGAUAGGCUCCCUGCUGAAAACAUUGAUGCGAACCCCGGAGGAACGACAUCAUUACAUCGCGGACUCUGAACUACAUGCUGAGAAGCUCAGGGUCUGGGACAUUGUGUUGGAGGCACAAUCAGCUGCCGCCGCCGCUUUUAAGCCGAAUAACACAGCAGCAAGUGUGGAUAUUGCAGCUCGACAAGUAAUUGAAGAUGCCGGCUAUGGAUACGGUUUCACCCAUCGUUUGGGUCACGGUAUCGGUAUUAAAGUCAUUGAUCCGUACCGCAUAGCGCACGAGUCGCCGUACUUGAACAAGUGGAACAAAGAUAUCUUGCUUCAGCCCGGUAUGACAUUCACGAACGAGCCUGGAAUAUAUUUAGAAAACAGAUUUGGCGUCAGACACGAAGACAUCUAUUUGGUCAAAGCAUCAGGUGAGGCAGAGUUGCUCACUGGCCGGAGGGCGACUGGGCCAUACGAUCCAUAA